CCGGGACUGCGGCCGGGUCGGGGAUGUCUCGGGCCGCCGGGAGGGUAGAAGCGCGGAUCGGCCUUUCGUUGUCACCGGGAGGGGUCUCAGAGCUGCCGCGGGCGCUACUGGGGGCCCCCGUCCCCUGGCGCUGCCCCCCGUCAUGUACCGCGGGCUGUAUACUUCAGUAUAUUUCAGUAUUGUUCUAAAGGACACACUGGAAAAAAGAGGAGCUCUUGCCCAAAUCAAAGCGAGGAUCAGAGCUGAGGUGUUCAAUGCCCUGGACGACCAGAGCGAGCCGCGGCCCACGCUGUCCCGGGAGAACCUCCUGAUCAAUGAGCUCAUUCGGGAAUACCUGGAGUACAACAAGUAUAAAUACUCAGCAUCUGUGCUGACCGCAGAAUCCGGCCAGCCUGAAGUGCCCUUGGAUAGACAAUUUCUUGCCAAAGAGCUGAAUAUAGUUGAAGAUGCAAGUGGAAAAUCAGUACCUCUCCUGUAUGGAAUUCUCUCUCAUUUCCUACAUGGUGGUAAAGAAGAAAGUACCCAGAAUAUCCUUCCAAAAGUGUCCUUGCUGAACUAUCCAAAGCAGAACCUUGGCAAACCACUUGCUGAGAGAAAUCAAAAAGACAGAAUUCCAGAACCAGGAAGGAUGGCUGGCACAAGCAUCGAAGAGCCUCUUAUUUUACAAAGUACAAAGAGAUGAUAUCUUUCAUUUUCUAAUUUCUCAUUUCAAGGUCUGUCAGAUUUAAUUUAGGACAUUCUUCAUUUCAUACAUUUCUCCAAUAAAUCCAGUGGGACCAUUUUAGCUUGUAAGAUCUACUCAUGAGACAGGAUGACAAGGUCAUGCUUACUGUCAAUUUAAAAAUGGUAGCAAAGCUCUUUCCCCAGUGCUGAUAGAAGGAAGACUGUAUAGGGACUCACAUUAGUGAAUCCUGUGUCUAGAAUUGCACCUGAAUAUACUGAGUUUAUCCAAGAAAUUUUUAUAUAAUAACUUAUAAUUUUUACAUUUAUAUCUUGGUGUGUUUUUUCCUGUGUUUCUGAAUAAAAUUUUUCAAUUUUA